UGUAAUUUUUUAUUAACGUUGUGUUAAUUUUUCGUUGAUUAUAUAUAUAUAUAUACACACACAUAUAUAUACUUGUGACCAAAGAACCACAGAUACAGCUAUCAUGUUACCGCCCACUGCAACGAUAAUUAAAGUUACAAAUGUUUUAACUCCAUACGUUAUAAGGAUUUACGAAGUAAAUCAGUAUAAUGAAAGAUUAAAUUCUAUUAAUAAGAAAUUAUUGAAAAAAGAGAAAACGCUUAGUAGUACUGAAGAAUGUAUAGAACCAAAGAUAGGAGAUACAGUCAUAGCACGUAAUAAACUAGAUAUGAUGACUGAUUGUCCCGGUUGGUUAUGCAGAGGAUAUAUUAAUAAUAUUGAAACUCAGAAUGCGUAUAAUAUUUUUUUACCUGAUUAUGGAAUUUCUGUGAUACUACAAAGAGAAGAUUUUAUUGUGUGUUCAUCCGAUGUGAUUUUGGAAGAAUAUUUAAGUUUCACAGUUGGUUUAUAUAAUGUUUUACCUGUGAAUGUAAAACAUGAUUCAUCUGUGUACAAUGAAACUUUAACUUUUUUUACAUGUGCACAAAGAAUUUUAAAGGAUUGGAGUACAUCUGCAAUUGAAUACACAAAGGAAUUAAUAAGCGCGUCUGAUAUAAUCUAUUUUGAUUAUUUAGCAUCUGAUCAGUAUAAAAAAUACUAUGGUGAAUUUUAUCUCAGUAUAAAGAACACUAUGAUACGUUUAAGUGAAGCUUUAGUUUUAAAUCAUCAUGCUAUUUAUUUAAAUGAUGAAUUGUUGCAGUUUAUAAAAAAUCCUAUGAAUAAUGAAAAGCUAGAUAAAAAAGUAAUCAAUGAUGAAACUGUAUUUUAUUUAAAUGUUUCAAAAGUGUUGGAUAGUACUAAUGAAGGAAAAGAACAGGAAGAAAGUCUUGCAAGAAAAAUGGAAUUCAAAAAAGAUAAUCAUUUGCAUCAUGAAGUUGAAAGAGCUAAGGAGAAAAUAUUAAUUUAUGGAGUAGAUAAAUAUGAAUGCUUAAGUUCUACUUUAGAUGCACAAUUUCCUGCAGAAAUACACAAGGCUUGGAAAUCAUUAAUACAUUCAUCAGAGCCAAGAAAAAUACAGUCAUAUUUAUGGCCUGCUAUAAAGAAAGGUUUAGAUGUAAUAGCAAUUGGAACAACAAAAUGUGGAAAAACUGUUGGAUAUGUAUUUGCUCUUUGUGGACUUUUGGCUACAACCUCAAAUCUUCCUCAGGGAAUAAAUCCGUCUGCACUAGUAUUAUGUUCUUCCUCGUCUGAAGUACUAGAAGUCAAUCUCUUAUGUAAAGAAUUUUUACAAAAUUAUAAUAUGAUAAAAUCUGUUGCUGCAAUUAAUGGAAAACCAGAAAGAUCAUUAGUGGCUGAAAUGUUUAAUGGAUGUCAAAUACUAAUUUCUACACCAAGAUUUUUAACACGUUUUAUGAAUAAAAAUAAAAAAUUGAUGAAUUUUAAAAAUCUUCGUUAUUUAAUCUUGGAUGGUGGUGAUAUUAUCUUGGAUAAAUACUUUGAUUCUAUGGGCCAAUUAUUUAAACGACAUGAUGUUAUUUGUAAUAGAGACUUAAAAAACAAGACGUUACAAAUUAUAAUAACUGCAACACACUGGACAUCGCAUUUAAAAAGAAUUGCUUCUAUUUUAAUUGAAAAUCCAUGCAUAUGUAUAGCAUCUUUUAUUGAAGCUGCAAUAUUUAAAUCUGUACAUCUACAGCUGCAUAUAAUAAAUUCAAAAGACAAACGUAAAAAGCUCCUAGAUUUAUUAGGUAAUGAAUAUUCCACUUUGCGAACUAUAGUAAUUUGUACAAAUAAUGAUGAAGCUAAAGAAUUAGCUGCCUUUUUAGAAAAAUAUAAAAAGACUCUUUUAAUUCAUGGGGAUAUGAAUUUCGUUCACUUGCAACGUUUUAAUCGAUAUCGGAAUAUUUGUAUAAAUGGUUCUUAUCCAAUUUUAGUGUGUACAGAUAAUGUAUUAUCAGAUAUAGGUGUCACAAACAUAACUUGGUUGAUACAUUAUUCAAUUCCUAUGCAUUCAAAGACUCUAUUUAAUUUUCGGUUUUCAACUCUUUUAGAAAAUUUAGAAAUGAAAAAUAGCAAUUGUAAAGUGACUAUAAUAAUGGAUGAAAAUAAUGAUAUACAGUUUUUACAUAUAGUAAAAAUAAUGCAGCGUAUGAAUGUUGAUGUUCCCGAAAAUAUAUUAGAAAAUGUUAAGUUUGUAACAGCUGCUUUAGAAAAAAAAAAGAAAAAUUAUCCUAUUUGUGAUAAUAUAAAGUCUUGGGGAUUUUGUAACAAUCAAAUUUCUUGUGCAUUUAGACAUAAAAUAAUUUUAGAAGUUGACGCGCCACUUACAAAUAUUCGAAUAAAUGAUAAAGUAAAAUUCAGAGUAGUAAGUAUACACGAUGUUACACAUGUUUCUGCUAGAAUUAUAUCAUACAUUAAGUUUGAUACAUUGGAAGAAAUAGAAUUUUCCAAUACUGAGUACCUGCAAAAUAACACAAAAAUUCAAGGAUUCUAUCGCUGUGCAGAAAACAGGAAGAGAUGUGAAAUGCUAGAUGUAGGAUGUAUAUGUGGUUUAGAAGAGCCAGUAGAUACUUUUAAAAGAGUACAAAUUUUACAUAUUGAGAGAGAAAAUAAGACAGAGAAUCCAAAAUACGUAAAUGUAAAAUGUAUUGACAAUGGAAUAAUUUUGAACAAAGUAGAGGUAUAUAGAUUGUUAUAUAUGCCAGAAGAACUUAUAAAAUAUCCUAUUCAAGUGAUGGAAGUAUUUUUAACUGGUAUAGCUCCACAUGAUAAUGAAUAUGUUUGGAAUAAUUGUGCAAUUGAUGCUGUUCAUGAAUGGUUUAAAGAAAAUGUUGAUGACAAAUCUUAUGUGAUUGGAACGGUAAAUUUACACCUGGGAAAUACAAUGUGGGUAAAUACCUUGAAUGUUGGAACAAAAUUAAUUGGAUAUAAAGAUUUAAUUGGUUCAAAUCUAAGAACAGAAUUAUUGUUGAAAGAUCAUGUUAUUGAAAAUGAUGAACAUUUAAAUCAAAUGUAUCAGCUUUGUAGAGAUGCUGGAUUUCUGAAGUCAGGUACUCAGAAGCAAGUUGCAUUGGAUCCACGUGAUAAGAAGUAACUAAACGAACUUUCUGACCAUCUUGUGUAGUGAAUUCUAUUGCUUGUUCGUUUUCGGCAAUUCCUGAUUGUUCUGAUCCUUCUAUUUGAUUAAUUGUUGCAACAGCACUUGCAUCUGUAUCUUCAUCCUAUUACAUAAUUGUAAUUGUAUGUAACAAUAAAAUUUUUGGACAAACAUAUAAUAGAG